UCACUCUUGAUAUAAAAAAUAGAAAAAAGAAGAUAAAAAUACAUACUACGUACAGUUGCAGGAAUCACGAAAAGAAAUAUGUCAGGCAGUAUAUACACGGCUGUGUACUCGGGUGUACCAGUAUAUGAGUUGAUGUGUCGAGGCAUUGCGGUCAUGCGUCGAAAGGAGGACUCUCAUUUGAAUGCAACUCAGAUUCUUAAGGUUGCUGGCAUCGAAAAGGGCAAGCGUACAAAGAUUCUAGAGCGCGAUGUACUCACAGGUGAACAUGAGAAGGUCCAAGGAGGUUAUGGCAAAUACCAAGGGACAUGGGUGCCAUUCCAGCGAGGAGUAGAUUUGGCCAAAGAAUACAAUGUUGAGCCAUAUUUACGCGCAUUAUUUGAAUAUGAUAUUCAUCAAGGUGAAGUGGACAAUGUCACGCCAACCAAGGAAAUGGUGGCUCAAAAGGCAAAAGAAAAUGUCAAAGCAGUAAAAGAGGCAGCAUCUCCACGGCAAAGUCCCAUGUACAAGAGGGCACGGAGCACAUCUGCAAAACCUAGUGGGUCACAGACGUUUAAUGCACCUUCAAUGACACCUUCACCUCUUCAUCCGUCCUUCAAUGCUUCGUCGCCCUCUAUUCCACCCUCCCCUCAAUGGAACAUGGAUCAGCCUCCUCGCAAACGGACAAGAGCUAGUUCACCCAUACUAUAUGAUCAAGAUCCUCCAAUAGAAGGCAAUACAUUCGACUAUGAAUCCAGCAACGCAAUUCGAGCCGACCAUGGAAUGGAUCAUAUGAUGGAUGAACCAUUAGAAGGUGUUGAAAAAUAUCGGUCUAUAUUGAUGGCUAUAUUUUUGAAUGAUGAAUCACAGGAAAUUCCACCGUUGCUGACCGACCCUAUCAUUCCAAGUGAUCUCGAUAUCGAUCUCAUCAUUGAUGAUCAGGGCCAUACCGCACUACAUUGGGCGGCGGCGCUAGCAAGGAUUCAAGUCUUGGAGUUGCUUGUCCAAAAAAACGCAGACAUUCGUCGAGUCAACUACAGUGGAGAAUCUGCAUUAGUGAGGGCAGUCCUUGUCACCAAUAACUUUGAUAAGCAAUCGUUUCCUCGCUUGCUCAAUAUCCUCCAUAAAGCCAUUCCAAUUGUGGAUCGUAAGAACCGAACACUUCUACAUCAUAUUGCUGUUACAGCGGGGAUGCGAGGCCGAGGUGCUGCUGCGCACUAUUACAUAGAGUGUCUUUUAGAGUGGAUUGCACGCAAUGGGGGCGAUUUUUCAUCAUUAAUUGAUAUUCAGGACAAGAAUGGCGAUACAGCGUUGACAAUUGCGGCCCGGGUUGGAGAUAGAUAUUUGGCUAAGUUCUUAAUUGAUGUUGGCGCCAACCGUGAGAUUGAGAAUAAGGUCGGUCUGAAAGCUGAGGAUUUUGGUAUAGAUGAUAUUCCUUCUGGGCCUUCAGAACAACCAUUUAUGCCUCGCACUUACACUCCUAUCGUGUCUGUGGAUCCAUCCAAAGAAAAUCAAGCUGGAAAGCGUGGCAAGGAGAUCAUGUCAGUGGUGCAAAAGAUGGUUGAUGAAUUGGAUGUGGAAUUUUCUCAAGAAAUCAUGACAAGACAAAACCAACUACAGGAUACACAAAACCUUCUUCGAAAGGCCACCCGUGAUCUUACUGAAACCCGCAGGACGAUCAGCCAGUGCCGCACUCAAGUUCAGCAGUUGGAGGAGGCUCACCAAAAGAUUAAAAAUUUGGAGCUGUCUCUAGAGGAGGAAUCGCAAAAGACGCGAAGCCAGAAGGGUUAUAUGAGUAAGCUCCGAACCAAUGAUGAUAUUGAUGCAUUGUUCAACGUCCAAGUACCCAAAUCGCCUCCAAGGCCAUCAUCUAUUCAAGGGCCUGAAGAGCAAUUGAGAGCGGGUUUAGAGCGGGAAAGGUUGGCAGAAGAGGACGUAAUUCAUUUGCGGUCGAGGGUUUAUGCGUAUCAAAAGAACGACGAGGAGCUUUCUCAAGAAUUAGCAGAAACGAGAAGCAAGACAUCCGCAAACGAGCUUCUUUGUAAAAAGGUUAUCGCCAUCUGCUGCAAUAUUCCGUUGGAUAAAGUGGAUGACAUGUUAGUUCCAUUGACAUUGGCGGUGGAAAGCGAUGGUGCCAGUCUUGAUUUGUCUCGUGUUGCAGGAUUUAUGAGUCGAGUCAAGCAACAAGAGGCUAUAGCUUCAUCCGCUACAGCGUCAUCAGGACCAAUAUCCACUAUUAGUACAUAGCAUCUUGAUAAGAUUGUGUAAUAAAGGCAUUACUGAC